UAGAAUUUUGCGAAUUGAGCCUUGACUUGCUUUAUUAUUCUCCAUUUAUACUACCAAUGCUCGUUUCUCUUUGCGCCUCUUCCCCCAUUCUUCUACAGCAUUUCCUAUUCAUUCAAAUUCAAUCUGUUUCUGAAAUCAACGAAAUCACCUAUGUCAACCUUGACCACCCUUCCUCCAGACACAUUUUCGGCUCGGGAUGAUGUUGGUCGCCUCCGCAAAGCUUUGAAAAAAGGAAUGCGCUGCAAAACUUCAAUAGUUAUAGAAAUCCUUGCUCACAGAGAUUCAGCACAAAGAGACCUCAUUCUACAAGAAUAUGAAACUGCAUAUUCUGAACCGCUUACCAAACGCAUCAGUUCAGAGCUUCAUGGGAAUCUCAAGAAAGCAAUGCUUCUUUGGAUGGAUGAACCUGCCAAUAGGGAUGCUACCGUAGCAAGGCAAGCCUUGACUUCAUCUCUUGUUGAUUAUCAAGCUAUAACUGAAGUGAUUUGUUCUCGCUCCCCAUCACAAAUAAGACGCUUUAAAGAAGUUUAUCAGAAAGUAUACCAUACUCGUUUAGAGAGGGACAUUGAAGACUAUCUAUCUGGGGAUCUCAAAAAGCUGUUGCAUGAAUAUAUAAGCGUACCACGUUAUGAAGGCCCAGAAUUUAAUCAAGAGAUUGUAGAGAAGGACGCAAUGGAUCUGUAUAAAGCCGGGGAGAGGAAGAUGCUAGGAACCGAUGAGAAGACUUUCAUAAGGAUUUUUAGUGACAGAAGCAGGACACAUUUGGCUGCUAUUGCCAAAGCAUAUGAAAGAAACAACGGCAACUCACUGGAAAAGGCCAUAAAGAAAGAAACACAUGGCUAUUUUGAAAGGGGCCUCCUGGCCAUUCUUCGAUGUGCUACUAACCCCGCACUGUACUUUGCCAAGAUUCUGAGGAAAUCAAUGAAGGGUUUUGGAACAGAUGAUAGUAGAUUAAUAAGGGUAAUCGUGACAAGAACUGAAGUUGAUAUGGAACAAAUAAAAGAAGCAUACCUCUCAAGAUAUGGAAAACCAUUAGCCAGUACCGUUCGAUCAGACACAUCAGGUCAUUAUAAGGACUUUCUUCUAUCUCUGAUAGGCGGUGAUUAGAUGGGAACAAGAGCCCUAUGAACAAUGGCAUGCAUCUACGAGCAAGUUUUGACAUGAAUAAAUGCAUGCAAGAGUCAGUAGCAUGAGAUUGAUUUCUAAAUAGGAUAUCCAUCUGAAUAACUUGCACACUCAUGGUCCGGUUACCCUUUAUUUCCUUUGUACAUAAUAUAUGCAUAAUUAUUUCAUACUACUCUUUCCUAUCUAUUAAAAGAUGGCGGUAAAGAAAAAGACAAAGUGCAGUCAAGUUAUGAAACCCCGUUGCUCCUU